AUGGAGGUACAUGGAGAUGAAGUGUUGUCAGUCGACUCUGGCGUCUCAACUCCCCCGUCGACAGGAAGUGGAUUUCGGAGGCCACUAGAGACCCCCGGAACAGAAAUCGGGAAUCUCAAUCUUAACCCUCAGAAUGAGGUUGCCGUUGUUGGAAUGGCCUGCCGGCUUGCCGGGGGCAAUAAUUCUCCGGAAGAACUGUGGCAGUCCAUUCUAAACAGGAAGGAUGCCUCUGGCGAGAUCCCAAGCAUGCGCUGGGAGCCGUAUUACCGUCGGGAUAUUCGCAACCCCAAGAUCCUAGAUCAAACGACAAAGCGCGGCUACUUCUUGGACCACGUCGAGAAUUUUGAUGCCGCGUUCUUUGGCGUUUCCCCCAAAGAGGCCGAGCAGAUGGACCCCCAGCAGCGGUUGUCACUUGAGGUGACUUGGGAGGCCCUGGAAGACGCAGGAAUCCCACCGCAGAGUUUGUCCGGCUCAGAAACAGCCGUGUUUAUGGGAGUCAAUUCGGAUGAUUAUUCCAAGCUCUUACUGGAAGAUAUUCCGAACGUGGAGGCCUGGAUGGGCAUCGGCACUGCGUACUGCGGAGUCCCGAACCGCAUCUCCUACCACCUGAACCUCAUGGGACCCAGCACUGCCGUUGAUGCCGCCUGUGCCUCCUCUCUCGUUGCCAUCCAUCACGGACGACAAGCCAUCCUGCAAGGGGAGAGCGAAGUCGCUAUUGUCGGAGGAGUCAACGCCCUCUGCGGGCCAGGACUGACUCGCGUACUCGACAAGGCAGGAGCGACCUCCACGGAAGGUCGCUGUCUCUCUUUCGACGAAGAUGCGAAGGGCUACGGCCGUGGUGAAGGAGCUGCGGUGGUGAUCUUGAAACGGCUGUCCACCGCCAUCCGGGACGGAGACCACAUUCGCGCCAUCAUCAAGGGCAGUGCCGUAGCACAGGAUGGCAAAACCAACGGCAUCAUGGCUCCCAACGCCAAGGCACAAGAGCUUGUGGCGUGGAAUGCGCUUCGGACAGCCGGAGUCGACCCUCUGACGGUUGGGUAUGUGGAAGCUCACGCAACGUCAACCCCUCUUGGCGAUCCUACCGAGGUCAGCGCCGUCUCAGCAGUCUACGGCAAAGGCAGACCGGAAGGGAAUCCUUGCUUCAUUGGCUCUGUCAAACCCAACGUGGGCCAUUUGGAAGCGGGCGCUGGCGCCGUCGGUUUCAUCAAAGCAGUCAUGGCAGUUGAAAAGGCCAUUUUCCCCCCACAAACCAACCUGAAGAGACUCAAUUCUCGCAUUGACUGGGGCCAAGCCGGAGUGAAGGUCGUCCAGGAGACACUGGAAUGGCCUGGCAAUGAGGAUGACGUCCGCCGAGCCGGUGUUUGCUCUUACGGAUAUGGUGGUACGGUCUCCCAUGCAAUCAUCGAGGAGUUUGCGCAACAGCUCCAGCGGCCGACUACCAACACAACCGAUGAAGACCCUCUGCCUCGGAUUCUUCUCCUGUCGGCACCUCAAGAGAGACGCCUUGCUUUGCAGGCACGGACACAGGCCUCCUGGAUUGCCGCGGAGGGCAGAAAUAGAACCCUGGAGUCGAUUGCAACCACCUUGAGCACUCGUCGUGGGCACCAUGACUACCGGGCUGCCAUCAUCGCAGAGAACCAUGAUGACGCUGUUCAGAAACUGUCUGACAUUGUCAAUGGUAAAGCAGCCGAAUGGACGACGUCGAGUCGUGUUCUCGAUGCCAGUUGCUCCAAGGACGUGGUGUGGGUUUUCUCCGGUCAUGGCGCACAAUGGACUGCAAUGGCUACGGAUCUCCUCAAAGACAUUGUGUUCUAUCAAACAAUCAGCCGUCUGGACCCGAUUGUGGAGCGCGAAAUGGGCUUCUCGGCAUUGCAUUCCCUUGCAAGUGGCGAUUUCGAAUCGUCCAUCAAGGUGCAAGUGCUCACCUAUCUCGUACAGGUGGGACUGGCUGCCAUCUUGCGCUCGAAGGGAUUGGAGCCCCAGGCUGUCAUCGGUCAUUCAGUUGGCGAAAUUGCCGCCUCAGUCGCGGCUGGCUGUCUGACUGCAGAAGAAGGCGCCCUGAUUGUCACCCGCAGAGCAAACCUCUAUCGGCGUGUGAUGGGCGCGGGCGCAAUGGUUCUCGUCAACAUUCCAUUUGUCGACAUGGAGAAAGAGCUUCAAGGCCGGACGGACCUCGUGGCCGCCAUUGACUCCUCGCCAUCUUCAUGUGUUGUUUCCGGUGCCACUGAGGCUGUCCUGGCACUCGUGGAAGACCUCAAGUCUCGUGGUGUCAACGCUUUCCGGGUCAAGACGGAUAUUCCCUUCCACCACCCGAUGCUGGAUCAACUGUCCGAGCCCUUGCGAGAGGCCAUGGCAGGGUCCCUGUCGCCACGCAAGCCCAGAGUCCGUCUUUACUCGACGUCGGCAGAAGACCCACGCAGUAUGGUUGCUCGGGAUAUAUAUUACUGGACCAGCAACAUGGUCAACCCGGUCCGGUUGACGGCCGCAGUGCAGGCAGCAGUGGACGAUGGCCUGCGAUUGUUCCUUGAAGUCUCUUCUCAUCCCAUUGUGUCCCACUCUGUCCGAGAGACCAUGUUGGACCUGGGUGUGGAGGACUUCACCGUGACCAACACCAUGGCUCGCAAUAAGCCUGCCGACAAGACCAUUCUGUCCAGCAUUGCGCAGCUUCACUGUCGGGGCGCCGUCGUCAAUUGGAAGAAGCAGCUGCCGGGCCCUUGGGCGCUGGAUGUGCCCUUGACGACCUGGGACCACAAGCCCUACUGGCGGCAUAUUCACACUGGCCCUAUCAGUGCCUCGACUUUGCACGAUGUGGACAAACACACGCUGUUGGGUCAGCGCGUUCCCGUUGCGGGAGAAACAACUAUGGUGUUCACCACCCAGAUGGAUGACCAGACCAAGCCUUUCCCAGGAAGCCAUCCACUGCACGGCUCUGAGAUUGUUCCGGCUGCUGCCCUUGUCAACACUUUCCUGCAUGCCACCGGGGCUACCACCCUUUCCAACAUUACCCUUCGCGUGCCAGUGGCCAUCAGCCAGCCGCGCGACAUCCAGGUGGUGGUGUCACAGAAUCAAAUCAAGAUCUGCUCCCGUCUCACUCAGAAGGCGGGUUCUGGGGCAGACGAAGGUUCCUGGCUGACACACACUACGGGUCAGUGGGAGGCUGGUGGAAGCAAGAACGCCCCGGCGCAACUCGAUAUUGCUGCUAUCAAGGCUCGUCUCGCUAAUAACAAAUUGGCGGACAACUUCUCCAUCGACUAUUUGGACAAGGUUGGCGUUUCAGCAAUGGGCUUUCCUUGGGCAGUUACAGAGCACUACGGCACCCUGCAGGAGAUGAUCGCUCGCGUUGAUGUCGCGCCAGACGUCCCCGCGACCAGUCCACUCCCCUGGGAUGCUGCCUCUUGGGCCCCGAUCCUCGAUGCGGCCACCUCAGUGGGAUCCACUCUCUUUUUCGAUCAGCCUCGCCUGCGCAUGCCGGCUCACAUUCACGGGGUUCAAGUCUACACCACGCAGCCGCCUCUCAAGGUGGGUUACCUGUACGUGGAAAAGGCUGGCGAUCGGGAUCUGGCGGUGCAUGUCAGUGUCUGCGACGAGCUCGGAACCGUCUUAGCUCGAUUCGAAUCCAUGCGCUUUUCCGAGAUCGAAGGCACGCCGGGCAGUAACGGCAGCGAGGAGAGUCUUGUCCAUCAGCUCGCAUGGCCUCCCGCGAUCUACAGCGAGAAGCCGCUGACAAUCAACAAUGUCGUCCUCGUUUCCCGGGAUAAGAACGUCGCAGAUCUCUACUGUGGGUCCUUGAAAGAUCGUGUGUCAUCUAUCACGGUGCUGGAUGCUGCUGCCGACCUGCUUUCCCUUUCGCAGGAUUCCAGCAGUGUCUUGCAAGCAAAAGAUACAGCGGUGGUGUACGUGCCCGGUCCCCUCCACAGCGCGGAUUCUAUCCCGACUGCGGCCCAUUCUUUCCUCAUGGAAUUGCUCCUCCUGGUCAAAAUCAUUGUCAAUGGCUCUUUGCCCACCAAGGUCUUUGUCCUUACGGACCGCGUCUGCGAGAGUGAGUCUGCUACGGCUCUCGCUCAGUCUCCGAUCCACGGUGUCUCCCGUAUCAUUGCUGCGGAGCACCCAGAUCAAUGGGGCGGACUGAUUGACGUCGAAACGCCGGGCCAGUUCCCACUCGAGACGAUGAAGUAUGUGCAGGAGGCGGACAACAUCCGCAUCUCGGAUGGCAUACCCAGAAUUGCUCGUCUGCGCCCGCUUCCUCGCGACAAGCUCCUACCGCCUAGCAAGCAGACUUCCCUGCUCCCCCGACCCGAAAGUACCUACUUGAUUACGGGUGGACUGGGCGCUCUGGGGUUGGAGGUCGCACAGUUCCUGGUGGAAAAGGGUGCUCGUCGAUUGAUCCUCGUUUCUCGGCGUGCCUUGCCUCCGCGCCGGGAGUGGGCAGACAUCCUUGCUGAUGCAUCAUCCUCGCUGGCGCCGGCGCUGGAGACAAUCCAGGCCCUUGAAGCACAGGGAGCCACUGUCCACACUCUUGCAGUGGACAUUUCCUCUCCUGACGCAGCGCCUCAACUGGCUGUCGCCAUUGAUUCUCUGUCGCUACCCCCAGUCCGCGGCGUGGUCCACGCAGCAGGCGUUCUGGACAGCCAGCUGGUCCUCUCCGCCACGUCAGACUCUGUCGAGCGCGUGCUGGCGCCCAAGAUCACCGGAGCGCUGGUCCUUGGCACCGUCUUCCCCCCCAAGGCCCUCGAUUUCUUCAUGCUAUUCUCCUCGUGCGGACAGCUACUAGGCUUCCCGGGUCAAGCAUCCUACGCGUCCGGAAACGCGUUCCUUGAUGCAUUCGCAACCUCGCGCCGACACCAAGGAGACAACGCUGUCGCCGUGCAGUGGACCAGCUGGCGCUCCCUCGGCAUGGCAGCCAGUACCGACUUCAUCAACGCUGAGCUGGCCAGCAAGGGCAUCACUGACAUCACGCGCGACGAGGGAUUCCGCGCAUGGAUGCAUAUUUCCAAAUAUGAUAUCGACCAGGCCGCGGUCUUGCGCAGUCUGGCCUUCGAGGCCGAUGAACCCCUCCCCACCCCUAUCCUUACGGAUAUUGCCGUCCGCAAGGCUGGCUCCGCCUCCUCCGCGGAUGCUCCCUCUGCUGCACCGAAAGAGACGAACGAAAUGCCGGAAUCGAUCCCGGAGCGUCGUACCUGGUUGGAUGAGCGAAUCCGUGAUUGUGUGGCCCGCGUGCUUCAGCUGGGGAGCAGCGACGAGGUUGAUUCCAAGGCCGCUCUGAGUGACCUGGGAGUCGACAGUGUCAUGACCGUUAGCUUGAGAGGUCAGCUGCAGAAGACGUUGGGGGUCAAGGUGCCACCCACACUGACCUGGAGUUGCCCGACGGUGUCACAUCUGGUGGGAUGGUUUUUGGAAAAGAUGGGAAAUUGA